UCUGUGAAAGCUGGAAACAUGUUCCCAAAAGUAAUUACUCUUCUCGUCUUGGCCUCCAUUGGCCAAAUCCUGGCUGUUCCUUCGAUUGAUUCGAAACCAACAGGAAUGUCUGAGGAUCUCAAGCUAAUGGAACUUAUGAUGUAUCAGUCGAAAUCGGGAGAGAAUAUGGAGUGCUUCUCUGUGUAUUUGCCGAUUCUACAAGAGGUAGACACCCAAUACAAGAUCGAUUACACGAAAUGUUGGACGGACCGUCAAUCGGGAGCUAGUGCAAUCGAGGAACGUUAUUCUGAGCCCAGAAGUAACCUUUCAUCUACUGCCUAUGACAUUUGUGGCCCACUCCUGCAAUGCGAACAAAAGGACAGUGAGACGCAGAGCGUGUUUGAGUGCUACGAGAAAGUCGGUACCGAGAAAUCCACUCCACUGAACAAUCUGACUCUGGAUGGCGCUCAAUUGGCUCGUGAAAUCGCCGAAGAUUUCCGCCGUAUCGACAUUAUCGCCGAUGCUUGCUAUGCCGAGUCCUAUCGCACCUAUUCGAAUGAUCGAAACGAUGCCCAGGCAAAGUUGGAGGACUGCUUGGCAAAUGGCAUUUCAAAUACAAAAGAUCCAUUUAAUUAAGAGUAUAAUUUUAAAAUGGUUGGCAAACGAUAAACUUUUUCGAAAUGCAUAAAAGCAAAUAAACAUUACUUAAUACUUAAAA